UUUCUUUUGCGGGAAUGCACGUGGUUGUGGCAUCUGUUUGUCCAUUUCCUUCAUUUUUUCUCACAACUUCACUACUUCCAUUAACUUCAUUUCUUCUCUGCCGUUUUCCCCUUCUUUAUUCAUCCAGAAACAAUCACCUAGAUUUUCAACUCAAGUUGGAUCUUAGUGGAACUAGGAAAGUUGCGUGGUUGUUUCGUAUUAGGAUAGGAUCGUUUAUGUAUUUAUUUUCUCGAUUUUUCAAUCUUUCUCUCUCUUGGUUUGCUUAAAAUCCCAACUUGUGAAAUGGGCGGUGAGCAUCCGGAGUGGUUACCCGCCGAUUGGGAGGUCAGAGUCAAACGCCAGAGCUCUGGAAAGAAAGACAAGUAUUACAUUCAUCCAUCAACUGGCCUCACGUUCAACUCGAAGCCAGAGGUUCUUCGGCAUCUCAAAGGUCUCAAGAGUUCUAUAAAAACGCCAAAACAGAAAGAGAUAAAUAAGAUAAACAUCAAUAAGACUCUAGCAGAAAACUUGCCUCCAGGGUGGAUUAAAGAAAUCAGGAGGAAAAAGACUAAAGGCAAGAUCAGGACAGACACGUAUUACACCGAUCCAAUUAGUGGCCGUCUAUUUCGCUCCAUGCAAGAAGUUUAUCGCCAUCUUAAAUCCAAGGAUUCAGUAGAGUUGGAGUCCAAACCAAAAGACAAAGGUUGCACGCGCAUGGAGUUGGUGGAUCAUUCUCCAUCUUCGCCUGCCAAAGCUAAAGGACAGAGGCCGAUUGGCAAGAAAGGAGAUAAAAAUAUGACUGAUGGAGAAAGGAUAAAGUCAGGACCUGAUGCUGCUGCACUGAAAACUAUAGUAAAGCCUCUCGUAGAGGAAAGCUGUAGAGAAGAUGAUUCUGGGACUGAGAAACUUCAAAAUAAGCUACCGCAAGCAAAUGGCAACGAACAACACAGUGUUGGAAGAAGACUGCGUGGGAGAUUGGUUUACAAUAAACUAAAACUUGACACUAAAGAAGAUACCUUACAGUCAGGAGGAACAAAAUAUGCCAAUUGUUUUAUAUGUAUAGAAGCCGGGCACUUGAGUAAAGAUUGCCCAAAGAAUACACAUGGAAUUUAUCCAAAGGGUGGGAGCUGUAAAAUUUGCAGAGGUGUGACGCAUCUGGCAAGACAUUACUAAACGCAUCAGUAGUAUCCACGAUGCAGCUGGUAUGCCUGGUCAAUCAUCUUAUGUAAGGCCUGACCGGGUAACCAAGUUCUCGGGCGAUGACCUUGAGGAUGACUUCAUUUCUGUGGCUCCACUCGCUGGGAAAGACGAAGAAAAUGCAGGGAACCAAAGUUGUUAAUUUUGUUGGUUGAUAAAUUUUGAUAGAAGUGUGGGCGAAUUGUUGGUAAAUUUUCUGAAAUCUGAACUAUGUAAGCCCCUUUUCAUAAUUUGCAACAGAGGAUACAUUUUUCUGUGAGGUUUCUAUAUAAAUUACAUCAUUCGUCA